AUACGCGUGCAUUCUUUUACUAAUCUAAACAUUCAUAAAUGGGGUGCAUGUUUCAUAAAGCCUCUAAGUUAGGCCCUAGCCUAUUUUAGCUUCUAUUUCUAAUGGAUCCGUACAAAAAAGUGGCAGGCUUGUUAAAGUUGUUUUGUCUCAGAUGCAGACUCAUUCUAUGUUCUCUGAAUCUGCCCUGCAUCGGUCAUUGGACGGUCCUACGUACUAUAGGCUAAGCCUAGACUCUAGGCCAGCUAGGGCCUGGCUCACUAACGUUUGAAGCUAGCUAGCUCAGUAUAGCUGGACCGAACUGAACGUUUUGCUAGCUAUGCCUGCCAUUAGUACCGUUUACAUCUUAUUUCUUUUCAUCGCAAUCCUCAAAUUCAGGACAGCCAGACUAGAAGAGUAUGGAUGUCCUAUAGAAUGGGUCCAUGAACCUGCCAGUGGAUACUGUUACUUAGCAGCAAAAAGGUAUUUGCCGUGGCAGGAAGCCAGAGACUACUGCUUAGGAGUAGGCGCUGAGCUACUCAGCAUCCACAGUGCAGAGGAGAAUGCUUUUAUACAUAGUAUAAUUUUAAAUUUUGUAUGGAUGGGACUACAUGAUCAGGAUACUGAAGGAGUGUUAACUACAUUUACCGAUGGAUCUCCAGUUGGCUACACAAAUUGGGAUGAACAAAACUGGCAGACUGCAAAUCGUGAUUGCGUUUAUAUGAAACAUCAUAACGGAUACUGGUUUUUUAAGGAAUGUAGCCAUGAUUUUAGGUUUGUGUGCGAAAAAGUUCAUGAACUUAUCACCACUACUAUUCCUGCUACAAAUACUUUUCCUGCAACCAUUAUCAUCAAUCUCACAACAGUAGCAACAAGCAUUGCCACCACAAUUCCUGCCACAGCAGCAACAAGCAUUGCCACCACAAUUCCUGCCACAGCAGCAACAAGCAUUGCCACCACAAUUCCUGCCACAGCAGCAACAAGCAUUGCCACCACAAUUCCUGCCACAGCAGCAACAAGCAUUGCCACCACAAUUCCUGCCACAGCAGCAACAAGUAUUGCCACCACAAUUCCUGCCACAGCAGCAACAAGCAUUGCCACCACAAUUCCUGCCACAGCAGCAACAAGCAUUGCCACCACAAUUCCUGCCACAGCAGCAACAAGCAUUGCCACCACAAUUCCUGCCACAGCAAGCACUAAUGAAGCUGUGAUACUCAUAGAGCUUCUUCUGAUUCCAAAUAAUGUGUCCAGUAUUGACAACAUCUUCAGGGUUAAUGACACCAUCCUUGUGAAUGCAACUGUGUCGGGGUCCUUUCAACCACUGUCAUCUCAAAUCUUGUGGUCCAUCACAAACCAUCUAUCAGGUGACUCAGUUCAAUACACAGUCUACUCUGAAGAUGCGGUGCUCGUCCGGUUCACCACAGGUUCAGUCUUCACCGUUGAAGCGACGGCUGUCGGGAACUCUUACAACCUUACAGCUACUGCGAAUGCAACAGUUCUUCCAGCCACGACCCGUAUCCUCUGCCCAAAUCAUGUCUAUACGAGCAGAGAAGUAUGGUGCGCCCUCCUGGCCGACAGUGCUGUCAAGCAUUCAAACUAUACCUUCUGUUUUACUAGUUCCCUGGACUCCUGCUUCAUAGCCAAUCCAAGACCUUGGUCUUUGGAUGACCUCCCUGAUGCUAUGAUAGGCAGGGCCUCUUCAAUGGAUGGCUACCUUGCUAGCUUUCUCAAUCAUGCAUAUUCAAUCAUUGGCACUUACGAAAUGACCUCUACGCUAUUUCAUACUUUGACUACGCAGGUGAACGUGACUGUCAAGCAUUCAUGCAUCAUCAGCCUCACCACGUCUGUGAAGGAGCAUUGUGAUGCUCCCCGUCCCGCCGUACACCUCGGGACCUUCAACAUUCACAUCUCGGCCCAUAUGGAGCUGAAUGAAAAGUGCAUUGACCCCAUGACCUCUCACUUUGAGUGGUGGAUUUUCACAUCUACUGUAGACGAUGAUGUAGUGACUGCCUUUGAAAAGAUCACACAUACAAGCCAAGUGACCAUUCCAAGUGGAACCGUACCCUGUGGUGUUUAUAGCCUGAAUGUGAAAGCUCAAACUCAUCUAAAAUCAUCUGGUGAAGUGACGGGUGAAGAACAGAUCUUCACCCGUUUGGAGAUACAACCGUCUCCAUUGGUAGCUGUUAUCAAGGGCGGAGCCUCACGGUCACAUGGUGUAUCUUCAAACUUGACAGUGGAUGGCUCGACCUCAUAUGACCCUGAUGUGCCCCUUGGGUCAUCCAGUAACCUGACCUUUAUGUGGUACUGUGUAGUAGUUAGUCCUGACAUCAUGUACUCCUCUCUCGAUGAAGCAAUACAAAAUACAGACGAUGCCUGUUUUGAAGAUGAAGGAAUAAUGAUGAAUUCAACUUCAUCUAUGAUUGAAGUGAUUGCCAACAAGCUUAAUGCAGAUGUGACUAUGAACUUCUGGCUCAACAUCUCUAAGGAAGGACGAAUAUCCGUGCUGACCCAACAAAGAGUCCACUUGACCCCGGGGCUAGUGCCAGAAAUAGAAAUCAGUUGCAUCAGUAACUGCAACAUGUACAUCUCCACAGCUGAGCGUCUGGUCCUACAUGCCUCGUGCACCAACUGUGACGGUGAGAAUGAAGAUGUAGUCUUCCAAUGGAGUCUUGAGUCAGAUCAUACCUCUGCUGUAGGUGACUUGUCUUCCCAGACUUCUACAGGGACUGACCAACCCUACCUGGUCAUCAAGCCGCACACAUUUGAUUCCAUAUCUGAAACGGGUAGCAUCAUUCUACGCGUUACCGGUUACCAGUCCGAUUCUGAUGGCUAUGCUGAAUUCAACGUCCACUUCAAUGCCCCACCCUCAUUAGGCUGCUGUCUUGUGACACCCGACGAGGGAUAUGCCCUACAAACUGAUUUCACCGUCACAUGUUUUGGCUUCACUAAUGUGGAUGAGCCCUUGACAUAUCAGAUCAUUUUAUUCAGCCGUGUGGAUGUAGUGGAUGGGAUAUUUGUGGGCAGAGGAGAAGGUUUUGAACUGUAUGAAGGCAGUGAGUCAAUCAGAGAUGGCCUGUAUCUACCAGCUGGAGUUGGUACUGAUCUUCAUACUGUUUCAAUCCAAGUUAAUGUGAAAGAAUGUAACACUGCCAAGACAUCAGUGUACAAAAGUGCUAGAGUUUACCCUCUAUCUAUGGAUGCUGUAGGGAUGAACGUCACACAGGAGUUACUGGAUAUGACAUUGUACGUUGAAUCUAAUGUGAACUCAUUGUUAGCAGUAGGAGAUACAGCACAAGCUGCACAACUCAUCAGUGCCCUUGGGUCCAUUCUUAAUUCCAUUGGAGAGGAGGAUGAAACUCAGGAAGGGAGAGAAACCAGGUCAGAGAUACGCUCUUCUCUUGUUACUUCUGUGGCCGCCAUACCGGUAGAGUCUAUGACAUAUCUGAGGCAGAGCUCUGCCGCCCUCGCCGUCAUAACUUACAACAAGCAAGAGAUAUCUCCCGAAGUACAGAUGCUAGCUGCAAGUACAUUAUCUGAAAUGACAUCAUUCCUCAAAUCACAAUCUGGGUCUUAUACGCAAGAUCAGGAGAAUAUUGAGUCAGCAGGAACCAUUUUGGUUGAGGGGUUGUCAAAUAUCUUAAGCGCUGCCAAGGAAACGGAAAGUCUUCUUUCAAACAACAUUACUCAACAGGCAGAGGAUCACAAGAACUUGAUAGAAGUCACUGUGUCUGCAGUCAAUGACAUACAAGAUGCGAUAGUAGCCGGCAAGAUUCCCAGUGAAGCAGCUACCGUCAUUACAUCGCCUGCCCUCAGCAUAGCAGUAGGCAGUAUCAGCAGAGACGAGCUUGCAGAGGCUACCUUCGGAGGUUCAGAGGAGGAUCUUGGUAGCUUUAGGAUGCCUUCUGAUGAUGUCCUGAAUCAAACAAUGGCACAUGUUAAUGGGACAACUGUGAGCAUGAAGAUGUCAGCUAUGAAAUGGAACCCAUUUAGUUGGUUGGGAGCUGGUGGAGAAUCUGUCAAGUCUAGCAUCGUAGGAAUCCAACUCAAAGCGGAUCAUAUACUAGAGUUCCAUGAUUUGAGUGCUUACAUCGAUGUGUACAUACCAAUGAGAGAAACUCUGUCAGCAGAUCCCGUCUUGGUCCAUAUCACCGAGAAUUCCUCCUCUUCCAUCGUCAUCGACCAUUCAUCAAUGCCUGACGAAGGAGCUCUGCACCUGACGGUCAUAUCUGAGACUGAGCCCAUGGUUGCCCUGUCUAUAUGUACAGCAAGAAUCAGCAUUUCUGAGACUAGCUGUGUUGGGGACGACACCACACUGGGUGUCAGCGAUGAGGUCCCGGACACUGAUGCUAACUUCACAUGGACUGUCCCUCUGGUUGACUUGAAAGCUGCGGAUGGGAUCAUGAUUAGACUAUACGAUAUUGAAGAUCAGCCUUGCUAUCAAGAUGACAACAUCACUCUGUCUGUUUUCAUGCACACCUUACAGUGCAAUUUUUGGAAUGAAGACCAGCAGGAAUGGGACAGCACAGGAUGUAAGGUUGGGCCUCUUUCGAAGCCCUCCACAACCCACUGCCUCUGCAAUCACCUGACUGGCUUCUUUGGAUCCUCCAUCUUGGUACCCCCAAACCAGGUCCUCCUCAACAACGACGCCCAUCCAGUGAUCAGUGGCCAUCAGCAAGCCGGGCUGGUCUACUUGAUAUAUGGCUUGAUAGGCUAUGUCUUGUAUUGCAUAGUAUUGUUUGUUUGUGUUAUAGGGUGUUUAUUUAUCAUCAGAAUUUACAGAGCUUCGUAGAAUUGCAGCAAGACAGUGGAGUAUAAAUGAAGUCAACACAUAGCAAAGGCUAGUUAAUGUUGUGGUCGAGUGGUUACGUCGCCGGACUAUUGACCACAAGGUCCGCAGUUCAAGUCCCGCUGCGCCACUUAUGUCCUUUGGCAAGACAUGGAUCUACACUUGCCACACCAAACCCAGGUGAUGCAAAUAGGUACCUGACAAGCCGGGAUUAAUUCCUUGAAAUGCUAGAGCGCCGUAAUGGCAGCACAGCUAAAGCCGGGUAAUAAUCUCCAAGUUUGGAAGCGCUUAGAGACUUAAUUGUAAUUGAUGCUAUACAAAAGCUGAGUAUUAUCAAUUAUUAUUAAUGUUGACCUAUUUUAAUAGAUCAUAUAUUAAUUUUUUGUAUAAAAAAAAAAUUAAGAAUUUUUGCUUAGCGUUUAAAUUUAACGGAAAUGUAAAAGAACAUACCGGUAGAUGAAUGAUUUAUCAAUUGAAAGUGUAUGAGCCAUAGAUUCCAAUAAUAUUAAUCAAAUGCUAUUUUAGUGUCUGUCAGAGGAGUAACAGUUCUCUAAAAAAAACUCAAAAUCUAAAGCUUUGAAAAUCAGAAGUUUUCUACAUAAAAACUAGCUAUUGAUUUGAUUACAUUGGUUUAUGUGGAGUACGCAUAUUCACAAUGCUUUCGUCUAAUUUCUAGAUAUUUUUUUGCCAAAUCAUGGAUUUAUCUCUAAAUAUAUAUCAUUUCCAUAUGUAAAGAGGAUAUUUUAAAGUGUACAUUUUUACCUUGUUGUUGAUACAUGUACUGCUUUAGAUUUGGCACAAAUUAUUCAGAAUUUAGUUCAAGUUCCUGUUAGUUAUUCUUGUUUUUAACUCUUGUAUAAUUCUACAUCAAUUGGAGGACUUUCAAUGUAAUUAACUUUUUCAUGAUCCUGUAAAAUUGUUUUGGAGGACUUUCAAUGUAAUUAACUUUUUCAUGAACCUAUAAAAUUGUUUUCAUGAGAGUAAACAGCUUUGGCAAAACAUGUUUUGCUUCCAUGGACAUGUCACAUCUUUAUUAUAUUUAUUUUAGAUGGAGAAGGAAUUAAAAAAAAAAUAUAUAUAUCUUAUUAUUUUGAACAGAGUAGGUAUUACAUAUGUUACUGAAUGGAUAUCAACCAGAAAGGAAUGCUAAAUACUAUGUUCUUAAUUUACAUGUUGCGUGAAAAAUUUGAAAAAGUAUUGUGUUUUUUUUUUAAUCAAUGUAUUUUUGUCUACCUCAUCCUUGAACUUCGCAAUGAGCAAAUUGAAUUUUUGUCAUUCAUACCUUGUUUUCUGUAGCGUGUCAUAAAUUGUCAUGGUAUUUCAAUGUUAUUUCAGAAACUAUAGGUAAAAAAAUAGAGACCAACUUUAUGAAAAGGUAAAUUCCACUGUGAUAUGUUCAAGCUACGAUGAUUAUUUCAUUUUUGAUAGCAAAUAUGUGCAGGCAUGUGCAAAAAAAACAAAAUAACUUUUUACCAAAUAUUAAAAUUCAAAUCAAUUGAUUGUAUUUCUGAUUGUAUUUAUCACACACAAAAUGCCACGUCCAUGAAAUAGGAACAGUAAUAUUGCACUCUCUCUACUUUUAAAACUCACCUGAUGCUCAAUGCAUAUUGUUAAUUUUCAAUGUUCUUUUUAUACAAUGCAUGCAAAACGAAUAAUCACUCUGUGCCACAUUGUAUGUACCAUGGCACCUUGAAGUUGUGUUAUCUAAUGUAAGUUAACAUUUAAUAUUUCAUUAAUCGUAAGUAUGUUGAAUAUUAAUUUAAAUUGUUUGUAUGCGCCUUGAGCAUCUGUCAGGAGAUGGAUAUGUUGCGCUUUAUAAAUAUUGUUAUUAUUUUUAUUACAACUUACUCUAAAGGGACUUAUAUUAAUACUUCAAUGAACACUCAAAUCAUAACUGUAAUCUGGAAGGAACUCCAGUUGGUGGUUCACAAAGACUAACAUCAACUUUAAGUUGGACUUGCUAUGGCAGACCGUGUAUGCCACUCAGUGUUUGGUCUUCACAUUUACUGGCAUAGGUCUCUGAAAAUAAAAUUGUAUAAAUCGUGGUCUCAAAUCUACAGAAUUUAUAUUUUUGAAAGUUCAUUAUUGAAGGAAAAAAUAUCUAAAGAUCAUAAUUGAGAGACCAAUAGUGAGAGUAACCAGUGGCACGAAUGGCCUGUCAAAGUUAAAUCCAACUUGAAGUCGAUCUUAGUCUUUGUGAAACAUCCCUAGGACAUUGUCACCACACAUUUCAUAUUGUUCUCAUAAAACUUUAUACUGAUUUUACAACAAA